AAUUGAGCAAGCGCAAACUGUAGUGCAGAAACUUGAGAAAGGGAGUAUUUUUGCGGGAAAGUUGAGCUUUGAUCGCCGUUUUCCUGUCAAUAUAACCUCCUUACUGCAACCCCGAUCGGAUGUCUAUCUUCUUAGGUCCUCCAUGUCAAGUUUUCAUAGCUGUCAAGAAAACUGGACGUAACCAAGGCUAUUUUGUUUGGAUUUACUACCGACUACAGGAUCUUAAAGGUGGGAGGGGGGCGCCUGUGUGACGAAACCGUCACCUGAUUUUAUUAUUACCAGCCAUUUCACGGCUUUUCCGUCAGACUGAUACAAAAUCAGACGACAGUUAUGGCUACAGCACAGCCACCGGUAGCGGAGAACCUUCCCGCCCCGGCUCCUGUUAGCCAGGCGGGCUCGGGAACGGCGGCGGGUGGGGGACAGGCGGCCGGCGGGACGGAGAGCCCAGCCCCGGGAGCGGCCUCGGGAGGGCCGCCCGCUCAGGUCAGCUUCGUGUGCCAGAGAUGCGGGCAGCCGCUCAGACUGGACGCAUCUCUCACAGCGCUGGACCAGGGAACCAUCGAUGAGCUGACCGCACCGCUGGUGUCAGGGGAGGAGGGGGAGGGGGUCAGGCAAGAGGAGAGGGGGAGACAGGACAGCCGGUUUGAGGAGGCUCGGGAGGACGGAGUCAUCAGGAAACUCAUACCUGCCGCUAGGUUGACCUCGGUGGAGAGCGGCAGUGGUUUCACCCUGAUCGACGCUGACGGCAGAGACAACCCCAGUCAUAGGUUAAAGGUCACCAGCCACCUGUUUGACAUCAUGUCAGGACAGACAGACGUGGACCACCCCCUCUGUGAGGAAUGCACAGACACCCUCCUAGACCAGCUGGACCAGCAGCUCAGGAUUAUAGAGGAUGAGUGUAAGGACUACAGAGAGUUUCUGGAGAAGCUAAAGCUGACAGAGGACCACAGCACAGAGGAGCAGCAGCUACAGACUCAACUUAACAAGUUGAAGGCCGAGGAGAAGGAGUUGAUGCGUGUUCUGGAGCAGGUGGAGACGGAACGUUCCGACAUCGCGCGGGAGGUCGUCGUGGAAACGGCCGAGUCGGAACGGCUGGACCAGGAGGAGGAGAAGUACUGGCAGGAGUACGGUGAGUACAAGCGGCAGCUGCUGGAGCUGGAGGAUGACCAGCGCAGCGUGGAUAACCAGCUCCGCUACGCUCAGUACCAGCUGGACAAACUACGCAAAACCAACGUCUUCAACGCUACGUUCCAUAUAUGGCACAGCGGCCAUUUUGGGACCAUCAACAACUUCCGUCUGGGCCGCCUUCCCAGCGUGCCCGUGGAGUGGAGCGAGAUCAACGCGGCCUGGGGUCAGACCGUGCUGCUGCUCCACUCACUCGCCAAGAAGAUGAACCUCAAGUUCGAAAGAUAUCGGCUGGUCCCCUACGGUAACCAUUCCUUCCUGGAGUCUCUCACUGACAAGUCUAAGGAGCUGCCACUCUAUGGCUCCGGUGGUUUCCGGUUCUUCUGGGACACGAAGUUUGACCAGGCGAUGGUGGCCUUCCUGGACUGUCUGCAGCAGUUUAAGGAGAGGGUGGAGAGGGGGGAUACUGGCUUUUGUUUACCUUAUAGAAUGGCCAAUGGGAAGAUAGAAGACACAGGAGGGUCCGGGGGAUCCUACUCUAUCAAAAUCCAGUUCAACUCGGAGGAGCAGUGGACGAAAGCGCUGAAGUUCAUGCUGACCAACCUGAAGUGGGGACUGGCCUGGGUCUCCUCCCAGUUCACCCACAAACCCUGAUGGGUGUUUUCACCUCUUACCCUACUCUCCAAGCAGAGGUUUAAAAAAGCCUAAAACACACUAAAAACAACCCCAAAGCUCUGCUUGGAGAGUAUGCUUUCUCAAAACUGAUACCCCCAGUCCUAAGGUGGCAGGAGACUCAUGGGCCCCACCACAGCCCCAUAUUAGCUUCAACUUUGUAAGUUCCGGUUUCAAAAAACUGAAGCUGAAGGAUUCUUUUCUUUGAUACAAAAGAUACAUUGUACAUUUGAAUUUACUGUUAUAAGAAUCUGUGCUAUGCCCUUUGGGGUACUAGUAUGUGAAGGUGCAAUAAGUGUUUUGUCCAUUUGGCCAUUCUUCCAUCCAGAUCAGUUAUCUAAGUAUCCUACAUACGUCGAUGAAGGUUAGACAUCCAGGUAAUACGAUAUGCCAAAAAACAGUUACU